AAUAGAGACAAAAAACGUUUCCCAGUGUGAAAUACAUUUUAUUUUCCAUUUCUCAACUGUACUAGAUUAGGCAGUUAAUGCGAUGAUAACUAGCGCAGAUUUCAACAGCACAAACGUACUAGUAAAUCAGCUGCUUUAAAACUAUCGGGGUGUCAGAAUGUGUAUUAAGUUCAGAUAAACAGUUGAAGUUCGAUGGUGUCUUUGAUGCUAGAGUAGUAGCCAAUUUCCGGGUCAGGAAGCUAAUUUGCCGGACGAAAUGGAGGAUACUACAAUUCCCUUAUUGCAAACGUUAGAGAGGUUUUCAAGCAUAGUCAAACAAUAUGGUGAUGCAAAGCUCCUCAAAUAUGGAAGAAGUUCAAUUCCCUACAAUACAUUACAAAGAAGAGCUUUAGAAAAGCUACGUAUCAUACAAAAAUCUAUCAAGUCGAAAACGUAUAGGAGCACUGAACCAUGCAUGAAGGAUUUGAUAUUGGUUGAACUCACCAGCUGGUUUAAUAACACAUUUUUUGAAUGGGCCGACGGCAUAUCAUGUAAGGUGUGUCAAAUGAAGAGUCCAGCAAAUGCUACUGGAUACAAGGGUGACAAUCGUGUUGAAAUAUUGAAUUGUUGUGGUCAACAGACGACAUUCUAUCGUUAUAAUAAAAUUGCGUAUUUGCUACAAACACGCCGCGGCCGGUGUGGCGAGUAUGCCAAUUGUUUCACAUUUCUUUGUAAGUGUUUAGGAUAUGAUGCUCGCUACGUUUUCGCGAGCUUUGAUCAUGUAUGGACGGAGGUUUAUUCGGACGCCCAAAAACGAUGGAUUCAUAUAGAUCCUUCUGAAAACGUGCUUGAUGUACCACUAAUGUAUCAAAGUGGUUGGAAGAGAAAAAUCGAUUAUGUUAUUGCUUUUUCGUUAGACGAUAUUCAGGAUGUUACAUGGCGAUACACAAGUGAUCACAAGAAUACAUUAGCUUGCCGUCGAAGUUGUUCUGAAGCCAAACUACUUGAAACUAUUAUGCAGUUACGUAAGAAGAGGCAGUCCAAUUUAUCAGACACGCGAAAGAAAUACUUAAAUAAACGAAAUUUAAUGGAAACUGUACAAUUAAUGAUGGAAAGAAAACCGACGGAAGACGAAAAACGUGGACGUUCUUCGGGGGAGCUAGAUUGGAUACAGGAUAGAGGUGAAGCAGAGGUUGAAAAUCUAUAUAUCUUCACUUUAAGUGAAAAAGAAAUUACCGAAAAGCAAUUUAACAUACGCUAUUGUUGUGCGACCGAUAUGUACGAACGUUAUAUUAAACAAGACUUUCCGCAAGUGGAUGUGGUGCUACUCGCUGCGGCUAGAGCACUCACCACCAGUAAUUGGAUGAAAAUAUAUCGUGGAUUCCGCUUCCUUCCUUCUUACUACUCUUGCAGCCUCGCAGUUCUUCAGCAGGAUAAAUUUUGCACCAAUGGAAGUCUAUCUAUAGUUACUGAAUCAAAAAAAUUUUGGCAGACAUACCGAUUUUCUUCAACAAAUAUUUUUCGGAAAGUGGAACGAGACUGGAGGAUGGUCUAUUUAGCAAGAUCUGAGGGUACGGCAGAAGCAGAAAUAGUAUGGAAGUUCGAUUUUUCAAAUUCAGGGUUGGUCGUUAGAAACUACUUCCUAAAGUUUGAUAUGACAACCUUUAAAAAUGGAAAUGUAAACGUGAAGCUGAUCGCAGAUAAUAAUUCUGAAAAUAUUAGAGGUUCAAAUAAAUUUAAACUAAUUGCCACAUUAUCUGGAGGAGAAGGGAGUAUAGCUUGGCAACAUGCGCAGCUUUUUAGACAAAAUUCAAAUUCGAAUGAAUUUCCUUUUGAUUUCAAUAUCCAACUGUCUUCAAAUUGAAUAUGAAAUUCGGUUUGUAUCCAUUUAAAAAUACAUUUAUAAAUUUAAACUGA